AUGUUUGAACGGAAGGUUUGGGCGCGCAACCAAAAGGGGAAGGCGACGGAUGCGGCGCUCGAUGCGGUGAGCGGCAAGAGCACGGCGGGAGGGAAGGCGAAGCGCGGGCGCAUGGAGGACUUCUACGGCGAGGGAGGGGUCGCGGCAAAGCGUGCGGCCGACGAAUUGGUUGCCCUCUACCUCGCGGGGACGCGCAUAUCGGAGUCUCAGUGCGAGAACCCGCUCUUCCUCAACAUGCUGCGAGUCGUCGCCGCCGCCGGCCAGGGCUAUGUCCCCCACAAGCGGCACUAUGUCGGAGGCGCCGGCCUACUGGACUGCAAGCAGCGGAUUGAGAAGGCGUUGUCGCCCGUUACAAAGUCGUGGAGGGAGACGGACGUGACGAUCGCCAGCGACAUGAUGCAGGACAAGAGCGUGACUCGCCUGCGCGCCAUUCGCCCCCAGCUCACGGCGAUGAUAACGCAAAAGGACUGGGUGGAGAAGGGGGGGAACACCCUGACAGGGGAGGACUUCGAAGGGUGGGUGAUGGACUCUGCGUGGUGGAAGCAGGUGGACUUCUUUGUGCAUGUGAUGGAGGUGUUCUACAAUGUCAUGCGGAGGACGGAUUCAGUGAAGAAGGGGCUGAUGGGCCAAAUUUACGACAUCAUGCUGCAGCAGACGGAGGAGUUGGAUACGCUUGGAUGGGAAGGAGUGCAAGCUGAGCAGGGCCGGAUCUUGAACCCGGCCAACCAGGAGGAGGGGAUCUUUCUGGCGGAAGUGGAGUGUACCAAGGUCAUGCAGGACUGGCUGGAGCGUCAGAAGGCCUUCGUCGACAAAUACUGGAAGAAGGCCCGCGGCAAGAAGGGACUGGCGACCUGGCCCGUCUUGCGCAGCGAGCGCUGUCCCAGCCCAUUUCCGCUUCCCCAAGGGGAGGAGGAGGAGGAGGAGGAGGAGGAGGAGGAGGAGGAGGAGGAGGAGGAGGAGGAGGAGGAGGAGGAGGAGGAGGAGGAGGAGGACGGCGAUGACGACGAGGACGACGAGGACGACGAGGACGACGAGGACGAGGACGAGGAGGACGAGGAGGAGGAGAGCUAG